AUGCCGGAAGACGAACCUUCUCCAAAAACUGAAGAUGAAGACAGAAUCAGUGAGUUGUCCGACGAUAUACUCAUUCAAAUACUAUCGCUUGUUCCAACAAAAGAUGCAGUGACAACCACGUUUCUGUCUAAACGAUGGAGAUUUGUCUGGAGAAAGUUGCCUAGACUUGACUACAAAGAAACGAGAAACAGGAAGAGUGUUUGGUGGUUUCUUGACGAAUCAAUGCGAUUUCACGAUGCACCUUUAAUAGAAAAACUGUCUAUUAGGCUCGGUCCAGAAUGUCCCACUGAUGUUGAUGUUGUAAGAUGGGUUGCAAAAGCAGUUGAUCGCUGCGUCCUGCGUGAGCUUAAGUUCAAGCUCCUCUGGAAAACCGAGCCGGUCAGAAUGCCUAGUAGCCUUUACACUUGCGAGACGCUUACGAAACUGAUUCUUGCCGACAAGGUUCUCGUGGAUGUUCCUUGUCCGGUUUAUCUCCCAUCACUUCACCAGCUUGAGCUUCUCGGGAUUGUGUACAAAGACGAAGAUUCUCAUGUCAGGCUUUUAUCAGGUUGCUCGGUUCUCAAGCGUCUGAAGGUGAGUCGACAGGAUUCUGUGGAUGAUAAUGUGAGAAAGUUCACUGUGAAAGUGCCUUCUUUACUGGAAUUAACGUAUAUGAAUACGUUCUUUGGAGAAGCCGAUGAUGAUGAUCGGUCGUUGGUUAUAGAGACCCCAUGUUUAAUAGAUAUAGACAUCUUUGACACUGAAGUACUCUAUUGCUCGAUUGAGUAUAUGCCUCGUCUUAUUAGUGCACGCAUUGAUGUUGAGUUUAACCUUGUUGACAAGCUUCUCACAUCUCUUUCUUCGAUCAAGUAUCUCAAGCUAGAUCCAAUCUCGACAAUGGUUCCGUGGUGUAACGUCGUUUACUCUCUACUUAUAGAGUGCUGCAUAUAUCCAUUUGACACAGACUGGUGUGGAUCAUCACUUGAGGUUUUUCUCUCUAAUUGUCCUAAACUAAAAGUUUUUGCAGUGGAUUCCAUAUUUGGGGAAGCUCAGUAUGAGAGUCAUGAUCAAGUUUUAUGGAAGCAACCGGGCUCUGUUCCCAAAUGCUUGUCGUCUCAUCUCCAUAUCUUUGAAUGGAAAGGGUAUGCAGGAAGAAAAUAUCAAAAAGAAGUCACAAAAUACAUUCUAGAAAAAUCCAAGUGUUUAACGAAGGUGGAAGUUUCACUUAGUUCAAUAAGCAAUCUUAAAGAAGAACAGAAGAAGAUGAUGAUUGAGGAGUUAGAAUCUAUGCCCAGGGUUUCAACAUGUCUUCUAAGGGUUUCAAGAUGA